AUGUACGUCUACACAGGAGCGAUGGAGCAAGACCAGGCUCAGACCGCCGAUGUGGAAAGCCAGGGGCUGCUCAGUUCGCAGCCCUCCCAGCGAGAGCGGACAUGUGGAUGGCAGUGUACGGCGGCAGCUUUUCUGCUAGGACUCGGGCUUGUGGCCGCAGCACUCGCGCAUGGUACCGGGCAGGGCUUGAAAGCUGGCAUGGCUGAGAAGGUCCAGCUGCAAGAUGACUCCAUUUGGAAAGAGGUUCUGGGCCACAAGGCCUACAAGCAGUAUGAGAGCUCCGUGUCCCACCGGCCAUCCGAGACGACCACAGCAGAGACCUCUCCUACUACCCGUGUGGCUUCAACAACUUCGAAGUCUCCCAGCUCCAGCUCGCUAACGACAGCGAUGCCAACGAUGCCAACAGAAGCUGCGCGACCAGGCCUCAUGGUUUCACAUGUUUCGUCAAGCAGCCCAAGCAGCCCAAGCAGCCCAAGCAGCCCAAGCAACCCAAGCAGCCCAAGCAGCGCAAGCACCGUGACCACCGACACCGCUGAGAUCACAAAGAUGGGAGAUGUGGCCAAGGAGUUCUUGGAUGAGGCAGGAAAGCUGGAUCCAAAGAGUGCAGAGCACAACUCCCUGAAGAAAGUGGCUCACUUCCUCAGCGGCAUGGCAGAUGCCAAGAAGAGGAUUGCUUCAACCACUCCGAAUCCGAACCUGCCGCAACUCACAGGGAACGUCAGCCAAAUGCCUUUGCACAGCGCGCUCGCUCCGCUGAAUUCGCUCAACGAUGGCAACAAAUGCGCCAACGACGAGGAGGAGGUGCUUGGGUCUUGUUACAAGAAGUGUGCUGACCUCACAGGCGGAUUCUUUCCAAUCAGGACCAGCCCAUUUUCGUGCUGUGAGGCGGAACCAUGUGGCUUUCAGAACACUCGUGUUCAUUUGAGCUUCUGCUCCGGAUUUGACGUGGCAGGAGACCAAGAAGGACAUGGAUGUCCCAACUUCGAAGGUGCCUGUUUGACAGAUGAGGAGCUCUUCAACGGCCUCUGCUACAAGAAGUGCUCCCUUUUCCAGGAUGGCUACACUUUCAAUCACAGAGUGGCCCCAAACAUGUGCUGCAGCACACAUGGGCUUCAGUGCCUGCUUCCCAAGUACUUCAAGUUCAGCCCUGACUUUGCGAUUGGCGGUGGCCGAAACGAUGGCAAUGCACAGACGCCGUCGGUCCCACAUCCACCUAUGAAGGAGCUGACAGAGGUGGAUGCAUGA